AUGCCGGAGAUUUUCUCCGAAGGGGGUGUGCAAUGGACACACUCUGUCAGUUUUGAGGAUGACUACGUCAACGAGUGGAUGGCUCCUUUCUUGGGCCUCUCGCUACAGUAUGAGCUUAUCUUUGAUGAGAUUGGGGUUUUCUUUAGCUGGGCUGAGGAUCCUCGUGUUCUCACUGCUGAGGGAUACGAGGCUGAGCCUGCCCCUGUACAGUCUGGUGUAGGCCCUGUCACUGACCUUGGAUGGAGAGGGGUAGGUGGAUUUUGCCCUAGCCCUGAGAGACGAACCUUCCAGGAUCCUACCGUGAGCAUGUGUUGUCCGGCAGUUGAGCCAGAUGUGGCUCGUCUCCAGGAGCAGGAUGUGAUGUCACUGCCCAGUUUGCCAUCCUCGGUAGUGGCUUUAGGGCUCUUAGGAAGUAGGCCGCCACCGCGCCUGCACUGCCUCCAUUUGCGCAAACAUGCCCUGCCACUCCAGGUCACAUUCGAGGCCUUGAGUUCGGUGCGCCACUGCAACCAGCUCAAGAGGACCUUCGCACUGUCUACAGAGGCCCUGUCCGGCCUGUGUCCAUCGUCGCAACGGGUGCGCUCUGUUGGCGACACCUUACAGUGCAUGUCCCCUACCAAGGGACAAUCUGCUUCCCGUCCUCCGACUCCUCAGGAGGUUCACGAGUGGUGCUGCAAGGGCGGUUCCCUGUCGAGCCUUGGCACCAUCCAUCAGUCCGCAGCAGACUCCAUUCAGUGCUUCAAGGUCGGUUCCCUGUCGAGCCUUGGCACUUCUCUUCCAGACAGCCUUCGAUGCCCCCUCGACAUGCCGUCGGCUGUUGAAGAUGACAAUCUCCGUGAGUUGAUGGUGACGCAAGUCAAGGUGCUACCAUCACACCUUGACAUACCAGAAGUCAGGUGCCAGCCCUUGGCCACCUUCCGGUGGCAUCAAGGAUUCCGAGCGACCGGGGCUGAUAGUGCCGGGUCACAGUACAAUCGUUACGCUGUCUUCAGCACUGUUGCCCACGUGCAAGUUCGACCUCUCCCCGGAACAGGUUCACUUGACGAGGUAAUCUUCGAUCUGAUUGCGGAGUAUCCGGGCCUCCGUUCCAUCAGGCUCCUGCAGCCAAGGCUCAGCGGCUUUCCGGCAGCACAGUUUGUUGUUGCACUCCGAACGGAUCCUCUGGAUGCCCGGCUUGCUCCAGUUGACUUCAGGCCCCUCCAAGGCAGGGUGUGCACUGUGGAUUUCCGUUCGAAUGAGGGGCAUAGACAUGCCUGCGAUCAGUGUAUUGCACAAUGCCCCAAAGACCGCCUGCCUCGCGGGCACUUCAGCCUUCGUCUACCCGACGGACAGACGAUGCACAGAGCUGAAUCUCUGGAUUUUCUCACAGCGGGGCCAGAGAUCGAGGAGGACGACGAGUUCGCGGCCAUCGUGACCACUUGUACAGUCACCCAGCAGGCCGGUCGACAGACCGAAGGUCACCAGCGGCACACAAGCCUUUGUGGCGCAAGGCAGCGCCUCGGGGUGCCGCGAGAGCGCCUGCACAGCAAGGUCACCCCCUCGCAUCUGCCCAUACUUGCUCCGCCAGGUUCUUCUGCUGCAAGGCCGCCACAGAUGCCACUCCGCCCAACUGAGAUAGCCUUCAUGCGGGCCGCAAGGGCUACUGUCUUCCCGCCUGACCUUGAUGGGUCAGCGCUAUACUUCCCUCUGGAGCGGAUCAUUCUCGAGCUGCGGCCACAGAUCGAUCCGCAGGGACGAGGCAGAUACACUGUGUUUGAGCCUGGGGCGCGACCGCGAGUACGGAGCUGUGGAGCAGACUGGGUCCUGGGCGAUUUCGCAGCAGACGCAGCAGGAUCAGCGCUUUUCCCAGUGCGCGCGAUCCAAUUCCUCACGAGGCCGCUCCACGGAUUCCCAAUACCGCAAUUGGUCCUUUCCCCUACGACAGCGCCUGCGCUGCACUACGCGGUCGUGUUCGACCUCCGUCACCAGGGCACCGAUGUCAUUACUGCGUGCAUUCCACCGGUGCUUCAGCUGGAUGCGCUCGAGCCAUUCGUUGCAGCAGGUGCACCCAUACCUGCUAUGCUGAGGUUCAGGCAAGGCACCCCUCAGGCGCUUCUGGACUCUGCCGGACGGAGACAUGCAGCAAUCACGCCACCACUAGCUAAGUACGAAUGGGUUGUUCCACAAUUCGGGCCUCAGGAUCCAGACCUUCCAGUUACGGCUGAGACUGAGGGCUCUGAGGCUGAUAGGUUGCGAGACCCGAGUUGGACCUCACGACAGUCCGAUACCUCCCAGGUUCAAGAGCUUAGGCGUGAGGCUGUUCUUCCGGGGGACCCCCCGCCCACUGCGCACACCAGACGAAUGGCCAACCCGACAGCCAGGCCUACUUGUGAGUGCCUACCGGAGGAGCUGUUCGCUGUUGAACAGAGCGUAGUGGAAACCCUCCAGUUUCCUAUCAUCCAGCUCACUGGUCGGAACGGGGCUCCGUGUUUCCCCUUCACGGUGCUCGGAUGGCAUCAGGAGCCAAAGAGGCUCACCGCUGGGAUGAGCUGGUCUCUGCAGCAGCUGGCAGUUGUUGCUCAAGCCUCGGCAUGGGAUGAUACGGUCAGGGCUGUUCAUGUCAUCCAGAGCUCACUCCCAGGGCUCGCUGCCCCACAGCUUGUGCUGACGCCUGCCAAUGUGACUGCUCCGUGGCGAGUUAUGCCGGUUGACCUCCGCCCCCUAGGAGGGGGCAUCUUUCCAACACCUGUCGAGCCGGAGAUGCAUGUGCAGGACAUUUUUGAGUCCAUCCUUCCCUUCACCACCACGGAUGUGGCAGUGCAGCUCCGCCUUCAGGGCGGAUCAGCUCCCUUCCUUCAAGACCAAUUCGGCGCUGUGUUGACAAGCUUGCCGGCCGACCUCGGGCACCUUGACUGGCUUGUUGUGCGUGCAAGGGGAGCUGCCUUCUUGGGCCCCUACGGCUGCAGCACGACCAGUACUACCACACUCAUGAGGCUCAGGGAAGACGAAAGGCUUAGCUUUACUCUUGUCCAUGGGCCUAAAGUGCUGCGUACUUCCCCCGUCUUGGCCAUGGGCUCAAGGCCGGAGCAAUCGCUGGCAUUGUUGGUCGGGACUUACGCUCGACAGACGCGCCUUCCUGACAUGGGCACCAUACAUUUACUCCAGGCAUUUCCCCUCAGGGAGGAGGGGACUUUUGUGGUACCCUUUGUCCUUGCGCGGGGACUCGAGGACACCAUCGCUGUUGUUCUCGAUACCACCCUCAAUGGAAGGGGCAUGUAUUCGGUUGAAGCACCGGUUGGGACAUGGGCCGAGCAGCUGCUCACGCAAGCACAAAGGGAGCAAGAGUUGACCUUCCUCUGCAAUGGUCUCCCUCUCCAUGCGGUACGGCGGCCCCUUGAGAUGGGAGAUUAUCUGCAGCUGGUGCACAUUAACACGUUAGGCCAGCCCUCGGUCACUCCCGCCACAUACUUGAUGCAUUGCUUGCAAUCCCUAAGGCUUUGGUCCCUCCCUGUUGCGCUUCCGCCGCUCACGCAUGUCAGGGGACCUUUGAACACACAGCUGGCAGAGCGCAACAAUAGGGCCUUCAUGCGUUUUUUCCAGACGCUUGCCAGUCGGCGGCUUGAUAUCUUUGGCAGAUUCGAAAGUGGCUGUAACUCGCUCUGGGUGUUGAGCGCGCGUCAUCCGCCUUUUCAGUUUGCCUUUGCGUCUCCCUACCGGCCGACCCUGGAAGAAGCCCAAUCUGUGCUCAGAGCUUCCGGUAUCUUCACCGCCCAGGAUCGAGUUACCGAGGCAGAGCGUGCCAUCAGCAUCAGUGGAACUGCCUUUGUCAGGUUCAGAGACGACGACCCCUUUGUGACAGUCCUGAUGCCGGCCCCUCUGCAGCCAGAAUUCUUUCAGGCAGCCGCGAUCUCUGUCUCAGCACCGCCUCCGUUGCGGUUGCUGCCACGAUCCCAGUAUACCACCGCUUUUGCUCCCUUUCCAUUUGCACAAGGGGUGGCCUAUUCGCUGCUCGUGCCGACGGCGUCUGCAGCAGACAAGGCCGCCAGAACAAGGCCCAGGCCGGCAUCGCUUUCGGGGAGCCUUAGCUUACUUCAAACACAGGUUCGACGCAGCAAGACGUCCAUUGCCACUCCUUUUGGGCGGCGCACUCUUCCGCCAGCACCUGCGGUCACAUUGGCCCCGCAGUCUGCCGACGAUGGAAGCUCGAAGUGCCCCGACAAGGUCAAGGUCGAGCUCUGCAAACACCUGCCGGCUCAGGACCAGGCGGCCGAGGACCUUGUUGCUUCGCAAGGCAGACGUGCGAGCCUCCAGUUCGGGGUUACCGUUGACAUGUUCGAUUUUGUUUUCGGAUCUUUCGGACUUGGGGUCUUCGAUCUCGAUUUGCAUCACCUUGCCGCCGUGCCCCAAUGUUCAAGUGAUUUCAUCCGGCAUUUGCCUCGUGUCAAUCGGGCCUUUCCGAUUGAUGCCCUUCAACUCUACGUUGAUGGUUCCUACUUUCCGGACUCUGGACAAGGGGCCAGUGCCGGAUGGGCGAUCAUUGCACUGGGCCUGCAGGAGGGGCAAUGGUGUUGGGUUGGAAUCUGCGCGGCAUGCGCUCCGAUUCAAGGGUCCUCUAGCACACUAGGCACGGGGGUCCGCUCGUGCUUUGAAGUUGAGCUCGCGGCCAUCUGUCAUGCGAUGACCACUGCCGUGGCACUCCCCAUACCGGUCCUGAUCGGCUACGAUUCCACGUCAGCGGGCGACCUGGCUCAAGGAUUUGCAACGGCGGACUCCCAGACUGCCCUCACCGAUGCAACAGUGUCGUUGGCCCAUCUUCUGGACGCCCUUGGGCGACGGCCUCGCUUCUUGCACAUCCACUCGCAUAAGCAGCACCCGCUCAAUGAGCUCGCGGACCAGGCCGCCAAGGAAGCGGCCCGGCGGCGCAUUGCCAGUGCGAUCUCUCCCUCCCUAGAUGAGGCGGCUCGUGACGGGGUCCUCAGCCGAUUGUGGCUUGCUAUCGGUGCGAGCCCUUCCAUACCUGCCCUAAGCUGUGGUGGGGCUCUGGUCGACACAGUGACACCUUCUGAGGGACCAUCUCUGGCCCAAGUGCUUGGGGACCCACCCAGUCCGGGGGAGGCCUCCUUACAUUUCAAGAUGUGCACUUACAACUGCUUGUCUCUGGCAUCUCAAGCACAAAAAGAGUCCUUGAGCAGGCAGUUUUUACAGCUCCAGCUCAGCAUCAUCGGCCUUCAGGAGACCAGGUGCAACUGCGACCCCCGACAGCAUCUACAGGACUUUCAUGUGCUCGGCAGUGACGCCCACCAGGGCCAACUUGGAUGCCAGAUUUGGUUCUCCAAAAGGGUGCCUAUAGGCAAGUUGCGAGGGGAGCCACUCUUUUGGGAUCCUGCCGGUUUCAGCGUAGUCCUGCGCAAACCCCGAAUCUUGCUUGUCUUCGCGAAGAUUGGGUGCUUUCGGAUUGCCGUGAUGACCGCACACUCUCCCACGUCCAAGGCCCCAGUCGCUGAGCGAAGAAUGUGGUGGGCCGAUUUGCAUCAAGCCUUUUCCAUGAUCCCCUGCAACUGCGUUCCGAUUGUUCUUAUUGAUGCAAACGCGCGGCUCGCCUGCCCGGUUGGCUCCCCUUCCGACAAUGCAUGUGAGCUGGCACAUUCCGAUUGUGUCGACAGCGAGGGCAACGAGCUCGUUACAUGGGUCGGUCCCGGCGGGCAACGAGCUUGCAUCGACUAUGCUCUGUUCCCCGAGACUCUCCGGGAAGGCAUCAGGUCGCUUGGACCACUCGCCGAGUUCGAAGGACUCCUUGACCACGAUCACAGGCCGGUUGUGGUGGAGCUCUGCAUGCGACGUCGUGUUUCGCAAACCGCUGCCGGCCCGCGUUUGGACUACCAGCACCUGCGUACGCCUUUGGGGCGACAAGAGCUCCAGCGCAUGUUGUGCAGCUUGCCGGCCAUCCCGUGGGAGACAGGCGUUGAUGAACACCUCGCUGUCCUCAAUGCGCAUAUCAGCAAGGGGCUUGCACACAUCUGCCCCAAGCUUGUUCAAGGUGCCAGACGGCCCAUUACCACAACCCGCACGUGGCUUGCUAUUCAGCAUCGUCGGGAGCUACGCAGAGACUGCCACAAACAUCGACUUCUCGCUCAACUUGCCGUGCUGCGGGACUGUUUCUGCUCUUGGCGUGCUGGGCGACGGGAGGUCUCCGAGGAUGCCCACCUGCAAGGACUCCACCUAGGGUUGAUAGGCCUUCAAAUAGGUGCUGCCAAUCGCCUGGUCACACGCCUCGCUAAGGAAGAUGCUGCUGAAGCAUCAAGACACAUCUUCAGUGAGGCCAGAAACCAGGGCCCGGACUGCCUCUUCCGGCUGUUCCGAGGGGUCAUGAAAGCGGGGCGUGGUUAUAAAAGGCCCAAUCUCAUGCCUGCACUUCUCCAGGCAGAUGGCACCGCCGCCUCCGACUCCCAAUCUGUUCUGGGACAGCACUUCGCUGCCGCCGAACGCGCCAUCCCUGAGAGGGCAGCAGCAAUCUGUACUCGUCCUGCGAGGACGGAAGACGUGGUUCUCGAAGCCGUCGAUGCGAUCUGCUUGCCUCAGCUUGCGCAUGCUUUCGGCUCCAUGGCCACCAGGAAAGCCUCUGGACUCUCCGGGAUCCCCGCAGAAGUCUUCCGAUUCGCUCCAGGGCCUUCUGCAGCGGCACAUGCGCCGUUAGUCUACAAAAUGUUGCUCCGCUGCCAAUAUCCACUGCUUUGGCGUGGCGGACGGGCCGCACCCAUAGAAAAGCCGGGCAAGAGCUUGACUACGCCGGGCGGGUGGAGGUCCAUUAUGUUGAUGGAGGCGGGAGCUAAAGGUUUGGGGGGAGCAUUGCGCCAAGAACUCCUCAAGGGGUUCGAAGCCAUCCGAGUCGAGGGCCAGGGCGGGAGUCGCCCCAAAGCACCUAUGCAGACCGCCAUGUCUCAGGUCAGAGGCUUCCUCACUGAGCUCCAUGCAAGACAGAGAUCGGGAGGGGUGAUCUUUGUUGAUGGACAGACUGCCUUUUAUGCUACUAUCCGUCAAGGGCUGCUUGGCCAGGAUGCCCAUUCCACCCUGUCCUAUCUCAACCACCUUGCUACUGUGCUUUUCGAUGACGAGCCCUCGCGGGAUCGAUUCAUUGCUACUGCCACAGCCCCCGGGCUCCUCGCUCGCUGUGAUGUACAACCAGAAGUGCGUCGUCUCAUUGCGGCUUCGUUAGACACUACGUGGUUUAGCAUGGGCUACCACGGUGAGGACGCCUUCCUCACUCGUACCGGCACGACUCCGGGGGCACCGCUUGCAGAUUUGACAUUUCAAUAUGUCUUCUCUACCGUGCUGGACAGGCUUAAAGCCCGACUCGCGGAGGUCGGAUGUGUUGCCACGGUUGGCAAGCAGCAGGAUAUCCAUGUGCCAUCUCCCACGUGGAUGGAUGAUCUGGCAAUACCAUUCACGACGGAAUCCGCUGCAGAAGUCAUCCCAACAGCCGCGCUCGCUCUCGGAGAGGUCGCCUUGGCCCUUCGGGACGCCGGAAUCUCCAUCAAUUGGGGCCGCGGCAAAUCCGAACUCUUGCCCAUCUUUUAUGGGCCCGGGGCCAAGGCUGUUCGCACUAAAUGGUGCACCACUGAAGGCGCCACAUUCACGGUCAAGCUUCCGGAUGGAUCUGCUACAUCCGCCCACAUCACGCCUGCCUAUAUCCAUCUUGGGUCCCUGGCAGACAUGAAAGGUGGCGACAUCGAGGAUAUCCGUAGGCGCAGGAUCCUCGCGAGAGAGCUCCUGGGGCCGCUCAUGAAGCUACUUUGCAAUCCCUUUCUCGAGGCUCCCGAGAAGAUCGAGCUCCUCAUUGCCAUGCCGGUUGCUCGGUUCAAACACGGGGCGGGCUUGUGGCGCCUCAGCAAGAAAAGUGAGCGCGAGGCGUUCCACGCCGGCUACAUGGAGCUUGUGCGGCGGGCCUUCCGGCCCAUAGUGGGCUGUUCUUCCAGAGGGCUUACGGAUGAAGACGUCUGCGAUGGGCUUGGGGUUCUUAGCCCCUCCGAGCUUCGAACCGCGGAGAUAUGCAGACAUGCGGCCUGGCUCUGGGCAGAUGAAUCUGCCUCUAUCCGUGCCUUGUGGUUUUCCGAGGGAGGUUGGCUAGAGGAAGCUAAGGAAGCUGUCAGGCUUUGUGCCCCCACUUCGCCUUCUUGCACAGAUCCUUGGGAUCUCCUGCUUGCCCAGCCUACCUUAGCCAAGGGAUGGAUACGUGGAUAUAUCAAGCACCGGCGAGCCCUGCGUCGCACAAGAGGAGCAGCGAAGAUACCUCUUUGGCAGGCUCUAGCCGCAGCCAGGCAGAAUGGGUGGAUCUUCUGCAAGAUCGCCCCCCCGGUCCGCCACACUGCCGCCCACCGGUGCGACUUUUGCAGCCAGACCUUUCGUACGGCUGCGGCACUCGCUUCCCACUCAAGCAAGACCCAUGGGGUCCUUGAUGCUUCUGACGUGGUCAUUCCUGAUGAGGUCGUGCAGCGAUACCAUUUCGCAUGGCCACCUGCAGCACCCGCACAAGGGCCCAAGCCUUUCUGGGCAACACUCCGCCCUCCAUGCGGAGACAAGCCCAGCUGUCGCCCUUCUGCCAGCAUCAGCUGGCCAGUUUUGCCAAGCACUGCAAAAGGUGUUGUCUCCAAGGACUUGCCCGAAUUUGUUCGGCGCCUUGUCGAGAUCGGGAUUGCUCACAACCCUGACGACGAAGAUCUUCCCCUUCACCUGCUCAGUGACUUCCCCAGCGCAAAGCGCGGGAUGGACAGUCUUUGGCGGCUCGAAGCCAUCCAUCUUUCUGGCCACUCAGCACUCUCCCUCGUAUUCGCCAUCCGGAGGGCCUGCAACAAGCACGACGGGCCCUACGAGAAGCAGAUUGCCAAUGCCAACACGGUUCUCAAGAUCUUGGCAGAGUUCCAGGUCUCCGCCACUGACGUGUCGGUGCCGGAAGCAACCGCGGACAUGUGGGAGACUGUACUCAGGGACAAGGAGGCCGCAGACGUAAAGAUCUCCGUGGUGGAGAAGCAGCUGCCAGAGGAUGAGGUCUUCGUCUCGACCGCUGGUACUGUCUAUGCACACUCCUUGGUGUUGAAAGCCGUCUCCCCCGUGUUGAAGGCGCUCCUGUCAUCACCGAUGCUUGAGGGGGCAACAGGAACUAUUCAGGUCGAGGGAGUCGGCAUGGCUUCGGUGCAUCUUCUCCUUCAGCUGCUGUACACCGGCACCACACCAGAUGCAGAUCACGAUCCGAACGUCUUGCUCGGCACGCUGGAUUUGGCCCAUCGCUGGCAAGCCGCUCACGUGGUGGACAUCGUCGAAGGAGCCCUUGUAAAGAAGAUCAAGUUGGAGAACUUGGGGGCCUUCUGUGAGACCGCUUUGCUCAAGGGGCUUCCGACCCUGCGGAAUGCGUGCAAGAGGUUCGCCCAGUCGAGCACGGAAGCUGCGAACCUCUCCCGAAUUCUUCAAAGCAAGGAUUUCCCACAGUGUGCUCGCGACGAGCUCUCCGCACCCAAGCCGCCUCAAAAACGGCGCCGGCGACACCCGUAA